CCACAGCUGAGAAAAUGGAUGGCUUCGCUAGCCACCUAGCCGAGAGAAUCGAGACCUAAGUGGAAUAUCGUCGUUUAUACAUUAAAGUAUUGUUGUCUGUGGAUUUCAGUAUGGACCCACUGGAAAAUAACAGCAUCUCAGGUGAUACAUAUACAGAGGAACAGCAAAACCCGACAGAAGAGGCAGAUUUGAGUGUGAGGCCUACCCUUUCACAGGUCAAGAAGUCCUGGGGCUUUAGGCGGACAACCAUUGCCAGAAGAGAGUUCAUGGAAGAAGUAGGAGACCUAACAAAUAGCCCUCCACCUCUACGGAGAGGCAGAAGUCGUCAAACCAAGCAGACACCCCAGACCACUGCAGAGACCCACACCACUCCGAAAGCUACAUGCACAGCAAAGAGCGUUAUAGAUGACCUUGAAUGGUCAUCUCCUUCCUCGCCUGCAUCAGAAGAAAGUAAGCCAGCAUCAGAAGCUUCUGCAGGAAACAGCCUUGACCCAAGCUUAUGGCAGGAUUUUGGAUCUGCUUUCCACACUGCCUUCUCACUGCUUGGUGGGAAUGAGGGCUUGUCACUGGACAUGCCAGACACACUGACAGUCCCAAACUUUUUGGAAGCUACUAAUGCCACUGAGGCCCAAGCUCAGCAGGCUAUAGAUGAAACUGAAGAGCCUGAUCAUUUAGAAUCAUCGGAUGAUAUGGAAAUCUCACAGCCGAUUGCCCCUGAAAAUGUGGCAGUGGGAAGUGAUGAUGUGGUGUUGAUUUCCAGUCAAGAAGAGGACAGUGAUGAAAUGACUCUGAUACAGAUGAAGGAACAGCUGUUAUCUAAUAGCAGACAGGGGGCCACAAAAGCGAAAGGUGGGAGAGGUGGAAGAGGGAAAGCCAGAGGAAGGGGUAGAGGCAGAGGAAGAGGCAGGGGAAGAGGGAGAGGGAGAGGGAGAGGCAGAGCGAAGGGUAGGGCAGUGGAGAUUCAGCCAAGCAUUGCAGAUGAUGUGAGUGAUGAUGAGGUGAUGUUUGUUGAUGAAUCUGAGCAGCCACAGCUGCUGGGGGUAAAUCAUCAACACAGUCCCACUGAAAUAGAGAUAGCAUAUGAUCACUGUGAUAAGACUCCGAGUCCUUCACAGCAAUCAAACUCAGACUGUAUAAUCAUAGAACCUGGCUUAGACCAUGAUACUGAUGUGACUUCUGGUCAGUAUGAUGACGCACCGGAGGAGGAUGAAGUGAAAGACGAUAACAAUGCUGGAGAUUGCUCAAGCGUAUUGGACAGUGAGGGUUUUGACCUCAAUGCUCUGUACUGCAUCUGCCGACAAAAACGCAAUAAAAGGUUCAUGGUCUGCUGUGACACUUGCCAGGAGUGGUUUCAUGGCGACUGCAUCGGUAUCAGUGAGACACAGGGCCGGGAAAUGGCGACGCAAGGGCGAGAAUAUACCUGCCCCCCCUGCACAACCAAGAACCAACUUCAAUCUGAGCCCGAGCCUGAGCUUAGCUUUCCAGAGUGUGUAACACUAUGUCCCUCAGGAGAUGAAAGGGAUGAACAGCAAGCCAUCAAGGAGGCUGUGGUGGAUGAGCAGCAGCAGAAGGAGAAAGAGGAGAAGGAGGAAGAGGCUUCUGUGAUGAGGCCUGAAAUCAAAACUGAGAUGAAAACGGAAAGCUCUCUUCCUCUAUGCAUCGGACCCGACUGCUCGAAACAACGCUUACCAGAGUCAGUUUACUGUGGUACUGACUGCAUCCUUCAGCAUGCUGCCUUCACUAUGAAGACACUUUCUGUCCCAAAGGUGCCCAAGUCCAGAGGACAAGCACAGAAAAAAGCUGCCCCUGCCAAAACCACUGCAAAGGUUCAGAGGUCAGUUAGGAUGUCCAAGAGGUUAGCUCGAAAGGCAGAGGAAGAAGGUGGAGAGGAGGAGGCGAUGGAGAAAGAUGACGGAGGAAGUAAGGAGGCUGCAUCUCCCGUAGCCUGCGACCCCAGUCGCUCAGAAGUUCAGACCACUUCCACACCAUCACCUAUGUUAAACACAACGUCAGCUGGAAAGGACAGUGAACAGGUAGAGGCCGCCAGUGAGGCUCCAACUCCUUCAACAGAAUCUCCAGGGGAUACGUCCACAGAUGCAGUUCCCUCUCCUCCAACUGUCACAGAGCCAGCUUCUGCACCACAGAGAGACACUCAAGAAAAAGCACAAGAGCCAGUAAGCAGUGGUUUGUCUGAGCAACAACCAGCUGAGUCCGAUCCCUCAAUAUCAGCCACCCUAGCAAAACCUAGUCUACCUCCAGCUUCACUGUCCCCAACCACCUCCGCACCCAGACAUCAUGAAACGGGGGCCCUGAUGGUCACUAAAACGUCAUACGUCAUACCAAAGAAGCAGUGUGCACCGCAGCCGUCGUCCAUAUCAGCCACGGCAUCCUCAGCCCCAGCGCUGCUAAACGAAGCCAGAAACUUGCUGGUGCCUCCUGCUCCCAGUGCCCCAUCCUCCAGACCCUCUCAGCCCAAUAAUCAGAUCAGGCAGAGCAUCCAGCGCUCCCUCACCGGCAUUCUCUUCAAAAGGGUGUGUGAUUGUGAGGAUUUGGAAAUGACUGAGAGUGAUGCUGCCAAGCUUGUCGCAAACAUCGAGAUGGAGAUGUUCGACAUAUUUCGCAACACGGACAGCAAAUACAUGAACAAGUACAGAACUAUAAUGUUCAACUUGAAAGAUCCAAGAAACAAGGGCUUAUUGUAUCGGGUUGUACGAGGAGAAAUCGGUCCCUUCAGACUGGCAAGGAUGAGCCAGAAGGAUAUGCAGGCUACAAAGGCACCAGAACCAAGUGCAAAAGAAACAUCAGAGGCUAAGGAUGCAGCUGCUAAAGCACCAAGUUUGCUGCAGAAGCCUGAGGCAGUGAAGGUUGAUUUGCCCAGUUUAAAUCCCGCUAGACCAGAAAGAAGACCCAACAAAAGACCUGAAAACACAGUUGCGUCUCAGGAACAGAAGAGAAGUUUUCCUGCUCCUGCUCUCAAAAACAAAAUAAACCAGAGCAGUGCUGCUCCAAAUAUUUUCACCUGUAUGCUUAAAGACACAACAUCAGAGCACAAAGCUCACCUCUUUGACCUGAAAUGUAAAAUAUGCACAGGCCAAAUACUUGCUGGUGAAGUGGAUGAACCUGCAACAAAAAAAAACAAGAUCACUGAAAAAAGAGAUAAACCUGAACCCUCUUGGAGAAAACAUUCAGGAGAUGACUCCCCCUUGCUGGCGCCUCCUGACUCACCUGACAUGGACUCUCCAACAUCCCGCCUCGUCAUUGACUCUCCAGCAGCACUGACUAUAGUAGAAUCCCCUGCUUCCCCCUUAAUGGAUUCUCCAGCCUCUCCUACUUUAGAGUCUCCUGCUUCCCCCAUCUCAGAGUCUCCUGCAUCCCCGACUUCAGACCUUUCCAGAGCUACGGCACAACAGAGAGCAUACACACCUGUUGUCAUUCCAGCUGUCUCCACUGUGACCAUCACAAGACGUGAUCCCCGCACUGCAGCAAACAGGUUCUCCACUGGUCCCAGUAACACAACCCAUAACCAGUCAACCCCUUAUUUUCCUGUCAAAGAGAAUACCUCUGCAUCGCUCUCUGCACCAACAUCCUCACUACCACCACCACCACCCAAAAUGUUACCCAAAUCUAUCUUAAUGAAGCCAUCUUCCUCAGCAGAUCCCAGACUCUAUGGGGCAUCCUCAAGGACUGUGAUUUCUGAAUCACCCGCCAAUGGAGAGAGUGCUCAGUUCCUUGCUAAGCAAGAGAUUGUGUGGAAAGGCUUCCUUAACAUGCUCAAUGUAGCCAAGUUUGUCACAAAAGGAUAUCUGGUUUCUGGAUCUGCUGAAAACCUAAAAGCGGAUCUGCCUGAUACCAUACAGAUUGGUGGACGAAUCCUGCCACAAACGGUGUGGGACUAUGUUACAAAGCUAAAGACAUCUGUCACAAAGGAGUUGUGUGUCAUCCGGUUUCACCCUGCAACAGAGGAGGAAGAGGUGGCCUAUGUUUCCCUGUUUUCCUAUUUCAGCAGCAGAGGUCGUUUUGGUGUUGUUGCACAUAGCAGCCGUUCCAUCAAGGAUGUAUACCUCGUCCCGCUCAGUGCAAAUGAAUCAGUCCCAUCCAUACUGCAGCCUCUUGAAGGGCCAGGACUUGAAAUUAAUCGACCCAAUCUUCUUCUGGGUCUGGCAAUCGUCCAGAAGCCAAAACGUCCAGGAAGCGUGCUUCAGGAAACUGAAGAGAAGAGACCAAAGGUUCAUAUGUCCAAAGACCCCAUGUGGAUCCCAAAACCUCCUAUCCUCUAUGGCUCUGACAAAUUAGAGAUAUUCCAACCCUAUGAUCCUGAGACUCCCUCUAGUACCACCCCACCUGGUUCAGCAUCUUGCCCUGGUUCACCUUCAGAUACACCUUGUGGCCCAAUUACUGCACCAUCUUCUUUGACCUCUUUGAAAGCAAAUCCUCCUCUCUCUGCCUCUGCUGUCAUUGCUGCUUCUUCCUCCAGUAGCAUCUCUGACAAAAAUCCCACAAAAGGAUCCAGUAAUAAGACUCCACUACAGACUAUUUUGAAAACUUUGUUUCGCAAAAAGGAAAAUGACUCCACAGUUGCUUCUGAUGGAAGCUCUUCAACAACAGCAAUAAAUCCUAAAAACACCCCACUGUUUUCUCAAGUAGAUCCAAUUGUCCAACAAUAUGGGCAGAAAUCCAAAGUCAAAAUGAUGGAAGAAGUGGAAAAUGACUUUGACCGACCAUAUGACCCAGAGGAGGAAUAUGAUCCAGCCAUGGGAUAUGGAAGGGUUGGUCCACAGAAAAUGGAGGAAAUUAAGAAAGAAGACCCUCCAUUGUCUGACUAUGUGGAGGAUGACAUAGCCUAUGAUCCAGAGGAUGAGACUCUCUUUGAAGAUAUUCGAAGUGAUACUCAUGAACCAAAGGCUCCUGUUCCAGUAUCAGAUUCUACAUCAUGUCCAACAACACUUUCCACCCAGAUUGCAACACCAGCUGCUACCCCACUGCAAACUACCCCAUCUACCCCACCUGUAGUAAUGCCAAACCUUCCAACAGGCACCGUGGUUGUUUCAGCUGCAACACUGACUGAACAACAGCGCAUGCUUGAAGAGCUCAAUAAGCAGAUUGAAGAGCAAAAACGACAGUUGAAGGAGCAGGAAGAGGCACUACGUCAACAGAGAGAAGCUGUGGGUAUGUUCAUGGCUCAAUUUUCUGUUUCUGAUUCCCUGUUGUCUCCACCAUCAAAAUCUGUGCCAAUCAGUCAACCGCCAUCUCUACCAAGUGGCACAAUGCAAACAGAACCUUCAGAAUCAUCAGAUAAGUCCAAAAACCCUACAGAGACUGCAGACAAAUCAACUGGGAAUUUUUACACUGCUAAAGGAGAAGAUACCACUGUCCUCCCUGCUUUAAAAGAUGAUACAGAUACCACUAUAAAGCAAGAUGAAACACAGGAAAAUGUUGAGGAAACUGAAAAGUAUUCCUCUGCUGGAGAGAUUGAAGAUUCUGAUGUAGCGUAUGACCCAGAGGAUGAGUCGCUUUUUAAUUUAAUUCAAGAGGAUGUAUUUCAAGGAGCUAGUUCAAAGACUCAUGAUUCACCUGGGCAAAGUUCCACUCGGAAGAGUGCUACGCCCAAUUCAUACCACGGCAGGAAGCGAAGGUCAUCACCGAAGAGGCGGAGUCAUCGUGAAAAGGACAGAAGUCCUUCAAGAAGAUCACAACACCGUUCUCCUUCACAUUCCCGCAGACGCAAAGAAAGAGAUAGACACAGAAGAAGUGAAAGGGACAGGUCAAGACAUAGAUCUAGAAACCAGUCUGAGCGCCAGGGUCGCCAUCAUAAAGAGCAUACUACACACCGACAUUCUCAUGGCCGAAAAAGAUCCCCAUCAUCUCCUAGAAAAAGAGAUUUUGUGUCCCUUUCGCCACAACAGCACAGAGAACUUUCCCCACAAGUACCUGAGAAGUCACAACAUGGAAUAGUUCAGUGUAAUCCUUCAGACUCUGUUGUUGGAGCAUUGGUAGAGAGAAACACAUCACCAUCUACCCCACAUACUGUUAAAAAUGACCCCGAUGGAUGUCAGCUAAAAUACAAUCUUGUUGAGAGCUCCGAUAAAGAUGUUUCUCAAAAUUCACAUUCAUUUCACAAUGUGAAGAAUGAGGUUUCAGAACCACCAGAAUUCCAUGACUCUCAAAAAAAGUCAGUUACUUGUCCUUCCGCACAGGAGGACAAACCCUCUCAACAAGAAAUUAUGCUUAUUGAUAAAUUGGAAAGUACAGUUCCACUUAGAGUAAUUGACCCACCUAUUCGAGAUUCUCCUGAAAGCCCUGACCCAGAACCACAGUUCUUGAAAGAUAGCAGCGUUGAGAAGAUUGACUGUAUUAAGACUGAGGAAAUCAGAGAUCAUGUGACACACACUGACAUCCCAUUGCCAUUUGUUAAAGUUGAAAACAAUUGUAUGCCUAUUGGUGGUCAAACGCCAGUGGCAAAUAUUUUGGAACUUAUUGUGAGAACCCCAAAUCCAAAAACCCAACAUUUACAAAGUCCAAGUGUCAAUGAUCAAAGUAUUAUAGGGGUUGACAAACAGUUAAAGGAGAUGAAAUCGGAUGUAAAUUAUCCAGAAAUAAUGGGUCAAGGGGGAGCAUAUUUAAAGCUCGCCAGUAAUUCAGAUAUUCAAGGCACAGCACCUGAAGUAGAUCCAGUGACAAAAUAUCCCAGGAAUCUAGGUCCAGAUAUGAAAGAUAAGGAAGGAUCUAGGAUGCAAGGUAUGAACCUAGAAUGCACUGAUAAAAAACACUGUGAAACAGGAAUGAGAGGAUCUGUGCAUAUGCCAGUAGGUACAAAUUCAUAUGUGGUAGAUUCAGCACUACACAGUGAAAUGAGAGAUGCAGGGAUAAAGGGUCCUUUAGAAACAGACCAAAAAGAAAGAGGUGAGAGUCCACAUACCGGGUGUAUGAGAUCUCCUAUGAUUGGUGGCGGACGAGAUCACAGCCCAGAUUUAAGGAGUCAAGGUCCAUAUCUUUUAGGGUCAAGAAGAGAGAGUUAUCAGAGAGAUGGGUUUCAGCCGCAUGGAAGAAAUGAAGACUUCAGAAGGGUGGGCCAAGAAAAGAGUUUAGAUAUAAGUACAGUAAUAGAGAACCGAGUUCAAACAACUCAUAUAACACCAACCCUUUCAAUGACAAGUGAAAGCUGGUGCCCACAAAGCGGGCCAGAUGAACCAAAAUGGGACAGUACAGGACAUAAUACACCCCGUGGUAAAUAUGGGGAUACAAGGGGUAAUAGAAACCAGCCACAUGAAAGAUGUACAAGCAGAGACAAGGGAGAAAUAGGUUCAAAUUUAAGGGAUGCAAACAUGCAAAAAGUAAAUAUAGAAGGUGUGGGGGUUGAGAGGAAAAAUGAUCCAAUGGGUCAAGAAGGCAUAGGUCCAAAUGCUAAUAUUUCACAUCAAGAUUGGAGAGGAGCUGGUUCUGAUCUGAGGGGUCAUAGAGGUCAAGAUAAUAUAAGAGAUGACUGGAGAGGGCCAGAUAGGAGAGAUUCAGUUACAGGAAAACCAUUUAUGCAAGAUGGCUACAGGCCCCAUCAGUCUGAUAUGCGAGGUCCAAACAUAGAGACCCAGGAGUCUGACAGAGGACUAACUAGCUCUGGUUUCAUGACACCUGAAACAAGAGGACCUGCCAGUAAUAUCCCAUUGAAUGACAGAAGAGGACCAAGAGGUCCAGAUUUUUGGAGACCAAAACCUGAUAGGAGAGGUCCAACUAUGGACGAUACAGGACCCAGCCCGAUAGGACCAGGAGGUGCACAUUUCAGAGGACUAGAGAAUGAGAGGAAAGACCCAUCUUUAAAUUAUCAUGGACCUGAUAUGAGAGGACAAGGUCCUAAUUUCAGCAGACCAUGGCCUAAAAUUAGAGGUCCAGAUAUGGUUGUUCCUGAAUGUCAAGGUUUCAGUGGUCCAGGACCUGAACAGAGUGGCCCUCCUCUAGAGGGUCCCGGAUGUAAUAGGAGAGAACAUAAAAGUCCAGAUUUCAGACCUGGACCUGUAAGGAGAAGUCCUGUUUUGGGGGGUCUUGGGACUGACAAGAGACCACCUGAAGGUCCAAAUUUUAGUGGUCCAGGACAAGAGAGUAGGGGUCCCAUUAUGAAGGGACCUGGAACAGAUGGGAGAGGUCCUGAAGCUCCACAUUUCAGCAGACCAGGACCUGAGAGAAGAGGUUACCCUGUGGAGGGUCUUGGAUCCAACAGGAGAGAUCCUGAAGGUCCAGAUUUCAGAAGACCGGCACCUGAAUGGAGAGGUCCUGCUAUGGAGGGUCCUGUGACUAACAUGAUAGGACCAGGUGGUCCAGAUAUCAGAAGACCAGGGAAUGAAGGUAGAGGCCUGUCUAUGGAGGGUCCUGGGACUGACGGGAGACGACCUGAAGGACCACAUUUCAGUGGACCAAGACCUGAGAUGAGGGGUCCUCCUAUGGAGGGUCUUGAGACUAACAGGAGAGAUCCCCAAUGUUCAGAUUUCAGAGGACCAAGAUCUGAGUGGAGAGGUUCUGCUAUAGAUGAUCCUGGGACUGACAUGAGAGGACCACCUGGUCCAGAUUUCAGGGGACCAGGGCAUGAAAGCACAGCCGUGCCACUGGAGGGUCCUGGACUUGGCAGAGGAGGACCUGGAGGGCCAGGGCCUGACAAAAGGGGAUCUGGAACAGAUAGGAGACGUCCUGAAGCUCCACAUUUCAGCAGACCAGGACUUGAAAGGAGAGGUCUAGCUAUGGAACAACUUCGGGCUGACCAGAGGGGACCAGAUGGUUCAUAUUUCAGAGGACCAGGUCCUGAAAGGGGAGCUCCUAUUAUGGAAGGUCCUGGGACUGAUAGACAAUUAUCUGAAUAUCCAGAUAUCAGCAGACAAGGACCUGAAAUGAGAGGUCCUGCUAUGGAGGGAUCUUGGACUGAUUGGAGAGGACCAGAAGGUCCAAAUUUCAGUGGAGCAGGACCCGAAAGAGGAGGCCAAGUUAUGGAGAGUCCUGAGUUUGAUAGAAGAGGCCCUUCAGGUCUUGCUUUCAGGGGAAUAGGGCCUGAAAGCCCAUUCAUGGGGGGUCCUGGGUCUAGCAUAGAAGGACCUGGAGGUCCUGAUUUAAAAGAUAUUGGACCUCAUAACAGAGCACCAAUAAAUGAAAGGAUAACUCCCUGUAUAGACAGCCAAGAGCCUAACAAACACAAACCAGUACAUUCAGAUUUUCAGGGACGAAACACUGGAAGGACAGGAACAGAAGGUCAUGAGUUCAGAGGGCCUAGGUGUGAAAGAAGAGGUAAUUCUGUAGAAGAUGAAAGACCUACUAUUAGAGGGCCAGGAAAUCAAAAUAUUGGUGGUUCUGACAAAAGAGGUAUAUAUAUUGAAGGCCCAGGGCCUCACAAUCAGGAAAGUGGGGCACCCCACUUUAGGGUUCCAGUGUCUGAUAGGGAGUAUCAAAACAUGGAGGGCCCAGAGCCUGACAGGAGAAGAGCAAGAGGUCCAAACAUGAGGAGAUCGGUGCCACAGCAUUUAGGUUCAGUCACAGAUGAUCAAGGGCUUGUAGGUAGACACCCAGAGGGUUUAAAUUUCAGGGGAACUAGGCCAGAAAUAAGACCGCCAAAUGUGGAGGGAGCAAAAAACAGCUGGGACUUUACAGGAGACCCACAAGUCAGGGGUCCUCGGCAUGAAAGAAGACCUUUAGAUAUGGAGGGCCCAGACUUUGUUAGUUGUCCACACCCUGAAAGAGUGGGUCCGGAAAUAACUGGUAUGGAGGGUCAUAGAAGGGGACCAGAUUUUAGAGGAUUCUGCAGUGACUUCAGAGGUCCAGAUACUGAGAACACCGGGCCUGGCAUGAGAGAAUCAGGGGACUCUGGAGCUGAAAAGAGAGAUGUAGAUGGCCCAAGACCUGAUUGGAGAAAAGCAGUUGGUCCAAACUUUAGAGGCCCAGGCUGUAGGCAGACAGGCCAGAAUACAGAAGGUCCUAGACAUGAUAGAAGAAAUGAAUGGGAAAGGGCUGACUUUGGAGGGUCAGAAGUUAUCCAUGAAAAUCCAGGUUUGGAGGGCCCAGGACCUAGUAGAACAACUCCAAAUUUCAGGGGUCAAAGGCCCUUUAGGAGGAACAGUAGAGCACGAGGACCACGUGGGAACAGUUUAAAUCAGGGAGACAGAUGGAAAGGCACAAACAUAGAACGGUGGUCAGAUGGAAGAGGUGCCAAUGUAGAGACUGCUGUUCAUGAAGGAGAUCACAGGGAUAUAUAUUCCAGGAAGAUUCAAGAAGAUCCAGACGAGCAGGACCAUCAAAAUAGGCAAGGUCCACAUAGUGGUCCUGGAGAUAGGGGAUUAAUACAUAUACAGGAAAGACCACAAGGUGAUUGGCAUGGUCCUGGUUGCAGUGAUCAAGGGCCUGGCCAGGAUAAUCUAGAUAUGUGUCCAGGACAAGGGCCAAGGGAAGAAACUGUAAAUGAAUGGAGAGGGUCAGCUAGAUGGGGUGCUCAAAAUCGAAGAGGGCGCGGGGCAUUUUUUAGAAGGGAAAGACGGCAAGAUCACAGAGGAGAAAGCCACGAAAGAAGGGGUACAGGCUUUAGGGGAUCAGUAUCAGAUGUGAAAGGGUGUCCAGAUGUGGCAAAUGACUGGAGGCAGUCUCACAAGGGAGGCCCAUACUUGAUCAAUUCGUGUCCAGACAGGAGAGAAUUUGAGCCUGAAGGUCCAUAUAGAACAGAUUCAGGAGGUUCAGAUUUAAGAUACCCAGAACGUAGACACAGAAAUUCAAACACUGAGGGUCCACAGGCUGAUGAAACAUUUUCAGAUUGGGGAGGACAAGGUAGACAAUUUGAGCAUGAGUUAAGAGGGGACAAGAGAGGUCCAGACAUGGGAAGGCUAAGGCCUGUAAGAGGUUCAGAUAUGAGACAUGGGUCUGGUAGGUGGGAUGCUAACACUGAGAUUUCUGGAUCUGAUAGAAAGGGUUCAGAAAUUAAGGGGUCAGGCUUAGACCCCAGGGGUGCUGAGCAUGACAUGCAAGCUUCGAGGUUGUCAGAUAUACCUACAUCACUUAAUUUCAGUCCUUCUCAGGAUCCUACAUGUCAAGGUACUAGUGAUAUACAUUCUCCUCAGUUUAAUAGGCCCCCAGGAGGAGGUCCACAAAAUCAACCAUUGGUAAAUUCCCAGAGACACAGAACGGCUUUACUUCCCACUCCACCAGGUCUGAUACGCUUUCCAAAUCAUAUGAUGAAGAAUCCUAAUGUCUUCAACGCCAAAUACAAUUAAAUGUGUUUCUCUACAGACAGGGAUUGGAGUACAGAUAGACCAGUGGAUGGAAAAAGUUAGAAGCACACCAAUAGAUAGAAAUACAGGUGCUGGAAAUGACAAAACAGAUCAGGGUAAUUAACAUGCUUAGCAAGUAUUUGGUACAUAUAGCGAGGAAAAUAAAACACAUUUCAGUUCAAGUACAUCAGGCAAAAAUCUUAAUACCUGGGCCCCUCAAGACCUAAAGUUGCUGAACUAAAUUUAUCAUCACAUUGGAUACUAGAGUAACCAUAGCAUUGGAUCGAUAAACUGCAACACAUAACACACUAGUGCAUUUUAUUUUUUUCAAGGAAACUUCCUUAGUGUCUGUGUCCUACUAACGUUUAUAGAUCUAUAGAUGAUCUACAGUCAAGGCCUUCCAAGAACAGAGAUUGUAACUUGAUUUGAUCAUAGUCAAAAGUAGAACUAUGUUUUGUUUUAUGUUUAAAGUACCUGGAUUUAUUUUUGUUAUUAGGACUGAAUGCCUCUUAACCAUAAUCACCUGCAAAUUGAGCUUGGUGUGUAUUUAUAUAUGCAAAUAGAAAUGUUUUGUACAGUUUUUUAUUUAACAUAGCCAUAACUCUGGUACAGUAACCUUGAUUUGGCUUUUAUGUUUCUCUGUUGAUAAAAAUUUUUCGAGUUGAGAAUAAAAUGACGCUUUAAAAA